AUGACAUAAUCAUCGGACCAGUUACAAAUAAUGAUUGUUAUAGAAAUAAAAUUAGUUAUAAAUUAUAUAAAAUUGAUAGGUGUAGGUUGGCGAUUUUCUAGGAGAGUUUAGGACGAUAUAAAAGGCGACACGGGGACCGUGACCGGGCACAAGGUAUGCAUUUUUCGGGGGUUCGCGUAUCAUGUCGUUGAUGCUGUCUGAUAUGAUGGGCGAGAACGAUGACGACAACAGUGAACUGAGUGAACACGCAAGAUUUUUGACCAAAGUUAAUGGCAUCCCGGUUUUAGGCGCCUUCCUGCUCACACCCUCCCACGACUUAAGUCUGGACAAAGCCGCCAACAUCUGCGACAAGCUCAAUUUUCGGGGCAGCUUCAGCCUGACCAAGACGGCCACCGGCAUCCUGUUCAAGUUUUCCGAGCCGGAGGACUUCCAGCAAGUCUUCAGGAAAGGUUUUCACAAGGUCACUGGGGGCCGAUUGUACCGCAAAGUGGCGAUUCCUUGCCGCCCUCAGAAAACUUUCUCCCUGCUGGUCCACGAGGUGCCCAUAGAUCUGCCAGAGGAUGACAUCAGGGCCAGCCUGUAUCGGUAUAAUUCUGUGGUCGAAGUUACCCGACUACAAUCCAGAAUGGACCAACCUCCUGGCACACCGAAUCCUAUUAGAUUAACUGUGGCCUCUCUGGACGAAUUCAACACCCUUCUACAGCAAGGACUGGAUUUCUACGGUGCCACCUAUUUCCCAACCGAACCAUUGAAGAAGGAUCAGCUGAAAGGCAGCAGAGAAGUGCUUUCCGUUCGAUCAGGUUUGCUUCCUGUCUUCGAUUCGGCGGGAUUUUCGAGAAUACCUCCGCCUCCAAGCAGAACCUUGAAGCCAAGGGCCUGACUAGAUGAAGGACUUAACAGUAAAAGACAUGGAUUUGGGAAAAAUAGAAUAAGCAAUGGCGAUUGGCGAUCCGAGAAAAUUUUGAAAAAAAUUUGAAGAAUUAACAUUAUAUUUUUAUUUGUAUUUUUUCUUAUUUCGAUUUGUUUCUAUUAGAUGUUUAAGUACAAAAUGGAUAACAGUUAACUAUUCUUUGUUUGUUUUUAAGAAGUGAAAUUAUAAUUAUCAGUGCACACUAGUUAGAAAGAUUAUUAUUUAAUAAAUGAAGAUUUAUUGCAGA